AUGCAGCGGCGCGGGCGCCUCCCCGCGGCGCUGUGGCUCGACGUUGCCGUGACGUUGGCGGCGCUGGUGCUCCUGGUGGCGCGGCCGGCGGGCGCGGCGUGGUGCAUCGCGCGGAGCGGGGCGUCGGACAAGGCGCUGCAGUCUGCGCUGGACUACGCGUGCGGCCCCGCGGGCGGUGCGGACUGCGCGCCCAUCCAGUCCAGCGGCCUCUGCUACCUGCCCAACACCCUCGCCGCGCACGCCUCCUACGCCUUCAACUCCAUCUUCCAGCGCUCCCGCGCCGCGCCGGGGGCAUGCGACUUCGCCGGCACCGCCACCGUCACGCUCACCGACCCCAGUCAGUUUUGGAUCAUGCACCUACCCUUCAUCUCCAAGCACUGCCGGGCAAACAGGAUCACCUGGUUCAACAUCCAUGCCAGGGACUCCCACGUCGCCAAAAGGAACUGGGAGCACUGGAGGAUUGAACCCACCUGA